GUGCUGUGCCACUACUGUCAGGGACCAUGAGCUCGCACGCGCACCCGCCAUGGCUCUGGACGUCGAUCCCCAAGCCGUGACGCUCGCCAAGGGCGUCGAGCCCUUCACGCUGACCCCCGUCGUCGCCGACUUGCUACGCACACGCUACCCCAUUCCGGGGUCGAUAUUCCUAGUCGAGGGCCUCGAUACGCAUCGCGUCGGGCGCUCGGGCUCAUGGGAAGUGGUGCGUCUGCUGCUCGGCGACGGCGAGUUAUGCGUGCAGGCCCUACUGGACGACAAGAUGCACCGCUUCGUCCGGACCGGGGCCGUUGACGUGGGCAGCUACGUCCGCGUGCAGAGCUUCGAGCUGCGGUGGGUGAAGCUGAAAGAAAAGGGCGGGGAUGACGGCAACGACAAGGGAAAGGGUAAGGGAAAAGAAAAGGAAGCAAAGACCAGCGACAAAAUGGUGUACCUUCUCGUCAGGGACCUGGUGACCAUUGGUUGGAAUAACUCCGUCAGAGCCCUACACCUAGCCGAGACGGCAGAUGCACCGGACUCUAUCGAAGGCGGCUCGGAGACGGACGACAGGGUCGCCGGCUCUGCGGUUGAAGAGACAGUCAUCACUAAGGAGCCUAAGCUGCCGUACCAAAUCCUUGAGGCGCCGGUCCUCAACCGGCCUGCUACGCCUACCACCCUCAAGAUGCCCAAGGGAAAUACCGAGGAUCGUGCGCAAACUCCUUCUUCGGGUAUGCGCAGACGGGACGCAUUCUACGACGCUUCGGAUGCUGACCUCGAAGAUGCUUUUGACGGCAACGAAGCGCACACAUUUCCCCAGCCGAAGCCCACCCCUUCACGGUCCCGGCCCUCGACGCCCAGUCACCACGCAUCCACGACUAUCUCAACCGCUCAGCCUAUACCCUUGCCUCGAGACUGGCACAACCCUCAAGUACCGCUCAAACUCACUACUCUGCGCUCCAUCCCACACCUCCCCUAUCCGCAAAAUUGGUCCGUCAAUGUACUGGCCAUCGUCGCAGAGCUCUCGCCCAUUGAGCCGUCCAAUCUGCCACCAUACCGCCAGCGCGCGGCACGGCUCGCCGAUCCAUCCACAGCCAAGCAGGUCCACCUGACCGUCUUCCUGGAUCCCGAGGCAUUCACGCCCCAGGUUGGCAGCGCGGUGCUGCUCACGGGGGUCAAGAACCACCGAUUUGAUGGCGGCAGUCUGAAAAAGUACGCCAGCGAUGCCAACGACGGCAAGCGUUGGUGGUUCGAAGAGCCAUGGGAGCUGGGCUGGUGCGACGUCAGGGGCAUCAAAGAAUGGUGGGCACAGAUGGAGGCUGCUAUGGUUGAGGACUUUGAUGAUUUUGAGGGGUGAUUCUGGUAUGUGCGGCAUGCCACUGCUCACUUACUAAGUAAGAAUAAACCUUAAUCGCCCUCUGUGUCCAA